CAGGCCUGGCGAGAGGAAAGACACGACCGGUCUGAACCCUGAAGACACGUUUCCCUCAUCAGAACCGGGGUGACGCUCAGAGAUCCUCACGCUUGCAGAAAAGCAACCUGUUGCGGUUGAAGAAGAGCUGCAGCUUCUCUCUCAGGAGGGUCCGGGCCUUCGCUCUCUGAGUCACGGUGACUGGCAGCCAUGGGCUCGAUGCUGUGGGGCUGCGUUACUGACUUCUUCACUUACGAGACCACCAAGUCUGUGGUGGUCAAGAGCUGGUCCGUUGGCAUCAUCAACCGGAUUGUACAGCUGCUCAUCAUCGCGUAUUUUGUGGGCUGGGUCUUCUUCUAUGAGAAAGCUUAUCAGGUGUCAGACACGGGCAUCGAAUCCUCCGUGAUGACCAAAGUCAAAGGCUUCGGUUACCACAACAACCGUGUGAUGGAUGUAGCCGAUUACGUGUUUCCCUCUCAGGGAACGAGUGUGUUCUGCAUCAUGACCAAGCUCAUCAUCACUGAGCACCAGUUCCAGGGACGAUGUCCGGAGAAUGGGCGAAAGUAUUCCUGUUUUACUGAUGAAGACUGCCACCAGCAUUAUGGCUCCAUCCUCACUAACGGUGUGAUUACAGGAGUUUGCAUCAAAGGCUCCAAUGGCACUAAAGGUCGCUGUGAAAUUGAAGGGUGGUGUCCAGCCGAGAACGAUCAAAUCCAUGUUGACCCAAUGCUGGAUGUGAAAAACUUCACCAUCUUUAUCAAAAACAGUAUUCGCUUCCCGCUCUUUGACGUCACCAGAGGGAACUUUCCUUCCACAAUGACAUCUAGCCAGAUCAGGAAUUGUACCUACCAUCCCGAGCUGAACCCCUUCUGCCCCAUCUUUCGUGUGGGAGACGUGCUCAACUACACCGGGCAAAGCAUUGAAGACCUGUCAGCAAAGGGUGGAGAAAUUGGAAUAAACAUUCAGUGGAAGUGUAACCUGGACCUCAGCAUUGAGAAGUGCGUACCCGAGUACGCCUUCACCAGACUCGACGCACCGUUUGCCAAGAACGCCGUCUCCAAAGGCUACAACUUCAGAUUUGCUAAAUAUUUCAUGACAGAGAAUGGGACUGAAUUCCGGACUCUUCACAAAGCGUUUGCGAUCCGCUUUGACGUCAUGGUCACUGGGACGGCGGGAAAGUUUAACACAAUCCCAACGCUGAUCAACCUGGUCGCUGCCUUCACCUCCAUUGGACUAGGGACAGUUCUAUGUGAUUAUAUCUUACUGAACUUCUUAAAAGGAGCAGAACAGUACAAAGCCAAAAAGUUUGAAGAGGUCUCAGACGCUCAGAUCACAGCGUCUGCCGCUCAGAGCCCAGGCAGCCAGCUGUCGCUGAAAGAGGGGAUCAAGAGUUCCUACGACUCUGGAGCCCUGUCCCUCGCCAACUCCGACCAGCCCCUGUGACCUCCGAACAUCGUCUCCACAAAACAGACAUCUCUCCCGUCUUUUGCUCCCCUACUUCUUUGCCUUGCAAGAGAUCAUUGUGUCUUUUCUGGUGGUCAGCACUGUGUGGUCGGUUUAAAGUGCGGUAAGUCCGUAGAGGUGGGUGAAGAAGGAUCACGCUGCCCUCAGAUGUUUAAAGCUGACAGGAAGAACAGCCACCUUGUUGAGAAACACUGAAAAGACUGGAGCGUUUUGGUUACUAAUACUCAAGCAGAAAAGCGAUUUAAACAACAGUUAAAUGAAUAUUCUCAGGCUGAUACAUUCAGGAGUAAAUAUGCUUUUUUAUCACAGCUAGUCCCACUCUAUAGGACGUUGUACAGCAUUUUACCUACAAUAAUCAGUAUUCUCCUGUUUAUCUGCUAAAGCUAAAUAUUAAAGCUAAAUAAAAAAAGGUGAAUAAAUCUUCUUUCACCUUGCUCUUUUUUUAUUUCCGG